AUGGGGGUUGGAAACAAGCGCACGCUCACAAAAACGAGGCGCAAGACGCGCGACGUGGAUCAGAUUAUAUCUGACCUUCGAUCUCAGAAGCACCUUGCGCAAUACAAAGACACUAAAUUAACACAAGAUCUGCCGGGACUUGGGAAAAAUUACUGCGUGACAUGUUCCAGGUGGUUCGACACUGCCUCAACCCUAACUACUCACGAGCGAGGGAAGCCACACAAGCGAAGGCUAAGACAACUGCGAGAAGAAUCUACAGUCGAGUCGAAAUCUGGACAAUCACACACGAAUAAGAUGGACAUGGAGCAGGAGCCUGUAACUGAGGGCGGCGUUGAGAUGGUUCUAUAA